CCAGCCCAGAUCACCGGCGCCGAUCACCACCACCAGCCACUAGCCCUCAGCGACCCUCCCCAUCUUCCCAAUCCAAUCCCCUCUCCAAUCUCCAUGCCCUCCACAGCGUCCCCAACAGUCAAAGUUCAGCACUGUACUUGAUCGUCGAAAUGCCCGCCCCAACAAUCCGAACAUCGACUCCCAACAGUCCCAUAAUCGGCUACGGCUCCCAAGUCCCAAUGUCCGACCCUAGCCCUGAUCGAACACAUAGCCAUCGUAUCACUGAUCGAAUACAUUAGUAGAUGACCGACGCAAGCCCGCAGGUCUGAAGCGCCGCCGCUUCGAAAAAUAGGUGAGAAAACCGAGCGACCUGUGGGUUGUGACUGCCGCUUCUAUUCUUCAAAAUGGUGGAAAAUUCUGAUUCCAAUUGCUUGAUUGCUUUAAUUCUGGUUUAGUGCUUGGUUGAUUCAAGGGCCAAUUCAGUUACUCAGCCACGCCAUUUCCUAUUUCUAUCAACUUAUGCUUAAUCAAAUUAAUCUGAUGAAUUAAAAGUUGAAACCAUGGUGGCCUUAAACCUCUGUUCUUUGCUUCUAUUCUCUGCAUUUCUUCGUUUGUUCUUGAUCCUCUACGGUGAAUGGCAAGACACACACAUGGAGGUUCGAUACACUGAUAUUGACUACUUUGUAUUUUCUGAUGCCGCCGCCCUGAUGGCCAAAGGUGAAUCCCCUUACAAGAGAUCCACCUACCGCUACUCACCGUUUAUUGCUUUUCUCCUCAUCCCCAAUUCCUUCAUCCAUCCUUCUUGGGGCAAGUUCCUCUUUUCUGCAUCAGAUCUGCUUGUGGGGUUUCUAAUACACAAAAUCCUGAAACUAAGAGGGGUGCCGGAGAGACUAGUGUCCUAUUCAGUAAUGGUCUGGCUGUUUAAUCCUUUUACCUUUACAAUUGGAACUCGUGGAAACUGCGAGCCAAUCGUUUGUGCCAUUCUUCUUUGGAUCAUUAUCUGUCUCAUGAAAGGCUCACUUCUCCAAGCGGCACUUUGGUAUGGAUUUGUUGUCCACAUGAGAAUCUAUCCUAUAAUUUAUGCACUUCCCAUAAUUUUGGCUCUUGAUCCUCUAAAUUUCCAGCCUCAUAGUACCGAGCCCACACUGACAGAUUGGAGUUCUUUAAAGCCAAGUUCAUAUCUCGAAAGACGUUCUCUUUGUGCUUUCUUGAUAAGCAUUUUAUCUUGGAGGAGGGUGAUGUUUGGAUUAAUUUCUGGUGCUAUGUUCUUUAUCUCGACUGGGUUUUUCUUCUAUUUAUACAGAUGGGAAUUCUUGCACGAAGCUCUGCUAUAUCAUCUCACUCGUACUGACCCAAGACACAAUUUUUCAAUAUACUUCUACCACAUAUAUCUCAACUAUGAAUAUGAGUUCUCAGUCUUGGAAAAGCUAGUCUCUUUUUUUCCUCAGAUUAUGGUGCAGCUAGCAAUCAUCUUCUGUUUCGCCCAAGACCUUCCCUUUUGCUUCUUCGUGCAAACAGUUGCAUUUGUUGCAUUUAACAAGGUCAUUACUGCUCAAUAUUUUGUAUGGUAUUUUUGCCUAUUGCCAUUGAUUUUACCAUGGAGUAAAAUGAAGCUGAAAGGGGAGGGGCUAGGCUGCAUUCUUCUGUGGAUCGGAGCUCAGAUGCAUUGGUUGUUCUGGGCAUAUUUGCUUGAAUUCAAAGGAAGGAAUGUAUUUAUUCAACUUUGGAUAGCUAGUUUGCUGUUCUUGGCUGCAAAUACCGUUGUCCUCAGCUCCAUCAUAAGGCAACACUGCUACUCUCCGGUGUUCUCCAAGUCUGCACAUGGGGUUUCAAACAAAACUGUGAAACACGAAUAGGUGUGGUCCGACAAACACAGCUUAAUCACAAGGAUACAUCUUUAUCAGUCGUAGAGCAACUCUUUUUUUAAAGAAGGGUGGGCCGGGGCAGCUGAUAAGUUUGAAUAGUUGGGGGCUCUAUUUGAAUGGUCCCGCAUGUCUGAUGUCAUGGUGCCAUGUUGCUCAAUAUAUAUCUUAGUGGUGCUGUGUUGAAAGUAUAUACAUGCUGAAAGCAUAGAAAGUAACUUCAAUGAUUCUGGGAAAGAGUCCGGAGGACAGAGUCCUCGUAUCCUUAGAAAGACAUACAAAAGAUUUGUUAUAGAAGAGCAAUGUCCACAUUUUUAUUUAUGAUUUUGAGUAUUUGUGAAGUCGGUUAAGUUACUUGUAUGAUUGUAUCAUAGACACAUGAAACUAUGAAAGGAAUCCACCAAGAGAAAUAAUUCAUGUUUCAAGAAUCAUCCGACCUUGAACGUUUUGAUUUAUAGUGCAAGUAUUGUGUGGAACGAUAUAGAUCUAGUGAACAAUCUUCCAACGAUUUUUAUUUCGUUUGUAGACACUAGACAACCAAUAGGGCGCUUUUGUCUUGAAAGAUUUUAGUCUUUCACUUACAUGUAGGCUAUGUUUGGUUUGAUGUGAUCAAUCGUGUAAUGUAAUGAGUAUUACAUUUUGAUUCAAAUACA